CAUUGUACGUAUAUGUGUCUACCCUUCCUUAGCGCCGUACUUUCUGCUGCAAGUCGCGGCAAGUACCUCACAAGUUCACAUUCACGCAUCCCAUCGUAAUGACAAGUCAAGUCAUCCCACACACAUGACCAGAUCAUCAGGAUCAUGUGCACAUGCACUGUCCGCGCCAUGGCUGCUGUGUAAGGAGAUUGAUUUGGCAGCCUCGGAGAUUAAGCCAUAAAAGAAGGCAGCAUGGAGCAAUGGCAAGUUGGCGACAAGUGCAUGGCUCCUUAUUCGGGGGACGGUCUGCACUACCGGGCUUGCAUUAAGACGUUGACCAAGAAGCUGCAAGGACGAGUGAUGGCAUCUGUGCGAUUCAGCGGCUUCACGGAAGAGGAAGAUGAGAUUGUCGAUGUCCGACAUCUCAAGAAGCGACCUGCCAGGGUUUCCCGAAACAAGACUGGCUCUCACACUGACUCUGGUAGUUCCAGCUCAGUUUCUGCUCCAUCUGUGUCAAGUCCUUUGAAAUACAUGACUGAGGAGGAUAGAUUAAGGACCAAAUAUGCAGACCUGUUUGACGACGGUGACGACAAUGGUUGGACUGGUGCCAAAACGAACAAGCCGGAAAGUUCAUCUCAUUCCCCCGUCGCAACAUCAUCAUCAUCGUUGUCAUCAUCAAGACUUGCCUCGAGUAGCAACCAGAAGAGAAAGAUCCCCGUUGCUGUGGGAGGGGAGCUCAGGAAAGGAACCGAAGAUGCGGCACCACCAAAAAAAUGGCUUGCGUCUCCUGAUGUGCCUCCGAGUUUGCUUGACAGACAACCAAGCGAGAAGGAUUCAUUCGGGUUUCUUGAUGAAGGCUUCAGCUGUGAGGAGAUGGAGAAACCAUUCUUCCCCGGCGUGUCCUCCGCCAGCGCCAAGGUCCCCCUGGUCUUAUCCCAAGACGGCUCAGAGUCAGUUGUUCAGGUCCCGGCAACUGUAAACCGAUACUUGAGGGAUUACCAGAGGGAGGGGGUGAGGUUCCUGUAUCAGCAGUAUCGGAAGGGAGAAGGCGGCAUAUUGGGCGACGACAUGGGAUUGGGUAAAACCGUGCAGGUCCUGGCCUUUUUGUGUGCCGUACUCGGAAAAACAGGGACCAGAGAAGACUGUCAGAGGCGUCUGCCAGAGUUCUUACAAAAGAAACUGAAGACAGUGCGUGGCCGGUCAUCGGAGGUGUUCCUGAUCAUAUGCCCCAACUCGGUGCUCUACAACUGGCUGGAUGAGUUUGACACCUGGACAUACUGUACGGUCGGGAAGUACCAUGGUCGGGAGAGACAAGAAACACUAUGGAAAGCCAUGAAGGGCAAACUUGAUGUUGUAAUAACGAGCUACGAAACCUACAGGAUCUAUAUGGAUUCACUGUUGAAAGUUCAAUGGGCAGGAGUCAUAGCAGACGAGGUUCACAAAAUCAAGGAGCCGGGGUCCCAGAUCACGCAAGCCUUGAGAGAAGUGAACACAAAGCGGCGCUACGGUUUGACAGGGACGGCACUGCAGAACAAACUCUCAGAGCUGUGGUGCGUGUUGGACUGGGCCAAUCCCGACUGCCUGGGCUCCCUGGCCAAGUUCAAGCUCCGCUUUGAGGAUCCCAUCUCCAAGGGCCAAAAGUUCCAUGCCAGCAAGCGAGAACUCGCCAAGAGUAGAAAGGUAUCAACUCAGUUUGCUGAGCUGCGAGACCACUGGAUGAUCAGACGCACCAAGGCAUUGAUCAGUCACCAACUACCCACCAAAGAUGAGAAGGUGGUGUUUUGCAAACUGACCGAACUACAAGUGAGCAUAUACAAGGCACUGCUGGAAUCUGAGGACAUGCAGUUAGUCCUCAAACAGAAGGACUUGUGUGACUGCGGGAGUGGAGGCACAUGCAUACAGUGUUGCUAUAAGUACAACCCUGAUGGUGAAAAAGUGAAAGCCCUAACAAUGACGUUCAUGAGCCUGUUGAUCAAAGUGGCCAAUCAUGUCGCCUUGCUCACGCCAGACGUCACCAUGUCCGACCAGCAGCGGCGGCGAGCACAGAAGUACUGCGACAUCGCAUUUGCCCGCCACCCGCAGUUUGUGACGCUGAGUCGAGAGGCACGGUUCUGUACUCUCUCCGACCCAUCUUACUGUGGGAAGAUGCAGAUACUGGAGAAGCUCUUGGCAAUUUUCAAGCAGGAGGGCAGCAAGGUUCUCCUCUUCUCCUACUACACUCAACUCCUCAACAUCAUUGAGAUGUACCUCAAGACGACCGAUUACGUCUACCGCCGACUGGACGGCAAGACGCCGGCCCAGGACCGACAGAAGUUCGUCCACGAGUUCAACAGGGACCCCGAUAUAUUCCUCUUUCUCAUAUCCACUAAAGCUGGAGGCUUGGGGCUAAACCUGACCGGCGCCAACGUGGUCGUCCUAUUUGACCCCAACUGGAACCCGACCUACGACCUCCAGGCCCAAGACAGGGCCUACCGUAUUGGCCAGCACCGUGACGUCCGAGUGUACCGGCUGAUCUCCACGGGGUCCAUCGAGGAGAACAUGUACCUUAGGCAGGUUUACAAGCAGCAACUAGCGAGUGCGGCAGUCACGUCCGAGAACCCCAUGCGAUACUUCACUGCCGUGGCGGGCGAUCAGAAACAACAAGGAGAGCUGUUCGGUUUGCACAACAUGUUUGCCCUGAGAGCCGACACCUCCUGCCUCACUAGAGAUCUCAUUCAGCGCCACGGUAAGACUGAGCAGGGUAUCACCUUGGCCAAGUACAUACCGCCUCCACCCACCCAAUCGGAUGCUGAUCAGAUCUCCAGAGAAGAGGCCUUGACAGAUAGUGACAGAGACAGUGACAGUUCCCAUGGCAACCGUAGGGAUGCCAGUGCUGCGGAUGAUCAUGGUGUGGCAUCGCAGUUCCUUAGUGACACUGAUUUCAGCGACUAUUGUGAGGAAGAGAUGAGGUGUGACCCAGAGAAGCCAACCAUCAAAGAAGCUUUCACCGAAACAGGAAAAGACGUGUCCAAAUUGACAAAGCUCCCCGGGAAAACAACGGCGGAGAAUGGCCACAAAGGGCGCACUGCCAACCCUGCUGCCAGACCAACUUUGAAGAGGCAGCGCAACCGAGCACAGAUUGCAACCGACUUGAGUUCAGGGGAGGACGAGCCGGUGGAUCGUAGGGCCACUCGCGGGAAAGCCAUCCUUCACAAGGACGGACGGAUCGAGCGCCGUGUCAAGGGCACUGCCACAGCUCAACCAAAGCGCAGCACGCUAAACCCUAGGGCCAAGGGUCACACCAGCCAAGGCAAGGAGUUAAAGGUCACAGCAACCGUGAAAAAGGGCCUUAAGUCGACAGGAAGGAAGCGCAACCUCACAAAGGAAAAGAGCAAGGUUCCCGCUAAUGCUGUGGAUGAUGUAUUCAGGGAAUGUGGAGUGUCUUUUAUCCAUUCUAAUGCAAAGAUAGUGGGAGGAAGUCGGGUGGAAGACCAUGUCUCCAACAUUGCCGUGCGAGAUGUGUACGAUCUCGGACUGUACUCACAGCAGCCAGCGAAUUACAAUGUGCCAACACUACAAGAGUCUAUGUCCAACAGCAGCUCAAGCCAAGAGAAGGAUUCUGUUCAAUCACAGAAGCCGUUACCUGCAUCACUGCUCGCCCAAUCACAGCAGGCGUCUCAUAGAAUCAAUGGGACAACUGUCUUGUUUGGUCAAACACCAAGAGGCAUAAAAAGACACCAUUUUGAAGCCAUGGCGAAGACCAUGAAGCACUCAUCUGUGAGAGAUUUUGCCAAACAUAUCUUAUCCUUACCACAAGAGCAGUAUGCCAACUUGCUGCAGGAGUACUACACAGCCAGGCAUCCACAGUUGGAGGUGGCAAAGUUUUACCAACCUGCAGAGCCCCCGGAAGCAGGAGACAUACUCCAGGAUGGGCCAGCCAAGGCACAAUCGACAGGAAAGUCCAAACCAGGACGGGGGAAGUCAUCUGGCAGGGCAUAUGGCACCAGGGCUAGGCAUCCGGGUGGGGUUGGCCAUUUUGAAAGUCUGAGUGAGGACAGCGAAUUUGAUGACAUAGGAACAAGGACAGAUGGGAACCGAAGGAAUGCCAAAAGAUGUGGAACUGAGAUGCGUGUCCUCAAUAAUGGCUCUGAUGCCAAGGGAGAAACAAUUGUCACAAGUACUGGAACAAGCCGGACAUUCAGAACUAGUCCUGGUAAACAGGGAAGUCGGACAAGAACACAACCCAAGGAACACCAAAGAAAGAGCCCAAAUAGCAAACCACCAAAAGAAUCUGUCAGAACUGAGAGAUCUCACAAGGGGAUGUCUAAACGCAUGCAUAGUUCCAAUGAGGAAUGGUUGGGAGAUUCGAACUGCUGCAAGAAAGCAGACCAGUCCCGUCAACUUCAGCACCAGACUGAAGAUGAGAAUGCAUGUGUGGGUAAGGACGCCUCAUCAGAAAGCCCCAGCACGGAACUGAACUUCAGGUCAGCUCUCUCUCCAAGUCUCAGACAUGGAGAAGGCAGCAUGACCUUCCUGGACGAAAUUUUCCUCGCAGAACCAUCCAGGAAACCGCCCAAGCCCCCACCAAAGAAGAAAUCACCCAAGAAGAAGAAGAAAACCAUUCAUUUUGUGAGAGGAGAUCUCUCCGACUCCGAUGUUGAGAUGGAAGAUCUGAGCGAUCUGACGUCCACUGGUGUCAACUCCUUCAAAACCAAGGCUCCCCAAGCGUCAGAACUCGACAGUGGAACUCUGUGGAGACGCAAUGCUAAUUUCAACACAUUCAGGCAGUCGGCGCUGGAGCAGGCCGUCUUGGAGGCUCAACUGGAAAGCCAGUCAGUCUUCGAGAAGUAUGCUGAAUCAUUUGUGCCAAACGAGCACUUUCUGAAGAGGGGCUUCAAUAAAGAGUGCAACAUUAAUGUGAAGGAGACCGACACAUCUCAGGACAAUAGUUGCAGUUCUCAACUGCGACCAAGUCCAUCACUCGUUCCUGAAACUGUUUCUUUGUAGUCUGGAUACCACCCCAAGCACAGAUACAGAGUCAGAUACUAGACAGUGGCUAAUUCAUCAAACAAGAUUCGCUUCAUGAAGUACGACAAGAAGGCCAAUUUAAUAUCAAAAUCCGACAUUCUCAUAGAGGAAAUGCAUGGGGGUUUUGUUAGGAUUUUUAUUUUGGUGAGGAGGGUUUAACACUUAUCAACAGCAAACUGACAAACCAUAAACAGUGGAAAGGGGUCAAGGUGUUUUCAAGAAAAUUUGUCCUUUUCCUCCACUUCCCUUCCUUGUUCCUGCUUCUCUGAGCAUCUCGUCUUUUUCCCCAAUUUUUAUUCCUCAUUUUUUUUUGGACUGAGGGGGAGUGCUCCCCCCCUCCUGGACCCCCAAGAUGCCCACGAGGAAGUGCAUGCUGCAUCUGUGCUCAGUUGUGAGCCUGGCCAAUCAGAAAACAGGGAAGAAUUGUAACCCCACCCCAGUGACACUCUCUCAACCAGGAGUACUCUGGCUUGUAGUCUGUAGCGUCUCCUCAUUCAUGACGUUAGGGUCAAAUUUCACACCAAGCUACCUGAACUAGCUGCUUUUUUGAAACCUAAGUCAAAUGAAAUGCAUGUUUUACAUUAGAUUACUUGGAGCACCCCCCCCCGAAAAAGACAAAAAGUAUUGUACUGAUCAAAUAUGUGUUCUGAUUUUGGACUUGCCCCCUUAAAUGGUUGUUGUGUAAGCUACAUCAUGCAUGUGUCUUUAGCACACACUGGCCUCCACUGAAUCCGCUGUUUUAGAACAUUUUUUCAUUUCAAAAUUCAGAUGGUCCCUAUUUGCCCACUCACAAAAUGCUGCAUUAAAAUAGCAGCAGUCUGAUCAACUUCAUAUCUGCAUGUUAUCAUGUUUGAUCUUUUGUGUGAUGUCUUUGCUGUUAGUUGCAAAAUAAUCCAGCAGAGGUAAUCUUGUUUUAACGAUUUUAACAUAUAUUUUAUACAUGUAAAAAGUUUGUAUUUGUAUAUUUUAUGUCCACUUGCUUAAAGGGGACUAUUGUAAUGCAACUGUUUUCAAGUGGAACUCAAGCAUGCCGCAAAUGAAAAUAAGAGAAUAAAGAUCUCUGCAUUCAAAGCAGCCGA